AUGGGUUUGGACUAUUCCAUCACUCGGCCUUUUCCACAGGGAUGGCGAUGGUUUACUCCACUGUCCUUCGUGGGCGCAUUCAUUGCUUUGGUGUUUCUAUGCACCAUAAAUGUGGCUUUGACUGGAUAUGAAACGGUCACUGUCUUCGAAAGCGACUUCAAUGCUACCCAAUCAUUCUGGUACAACAAGUAUAUGCCGUAUCGCGUCCCCACCCCUGGAACACUUUGCGAUCCGCACGUCUUCAACAUCGGAGAUCCAUUCACAACAAAUUACACCUUCUUUGAGUGGACCAUCGAAUCUAUCACUAGAGCCAAUGCAGGCAAUUCUGGCAUUUCUUAUAAAGGCGCCACACUGAACGACUGCGAUGUAUCGUCCAUCUACGUUGAUGGAGAUCUUCGGACAUGGUCGGUUGCCUUUACCGUGAUAGUGCAAUGUCAACACGAGAACCUUUACAACAUCGGGGCAAAAACAUCUUUUACUAUUGCGGUCCUGCCAGGGAGGCACUCGCCUCUGUUGGGAAUGGUUAAGUUGGCUGAGGGGAGUGAUAUGCGUCCUGCCGUUUUCGAUGCACUGCUCCAGACAGCAACAUUAGAUCUCGGAGGAAGAACUUUUAACGCCCUCCUAACUUCCAAUUACACAAGCCCUGUCGCCGUAUCCGUCCAGGCAGAUAUCACACCUUGUCCCAUGUCACUUGGUUCGUCUGCGGCAUGUGGUCUAGCAACCCCCAACUUCACCAUCGCCUCUGCUGCUGUUGUCAUGUCCAACCUUACUUUUUUCCAAGACACCGCUCCCGAUCCCAUCACUGUCUUGGAUGGUGAUAUCAAGCUCCCCAUCUCUAACUUGUUGCAAACUGUCCACGCCAUCAUUCGGGUGGAACUCGGAAACCCCAGCCCAAACAACUUCAUUCUCCACCCAAACGUAACGAAUAGUACAAUUGUGUCCAAGUUUCCCGCCACGCCACUAAACCAGGGUGGGGAUGCGUUGGUCUCGGGGCUUUACCAGGAGUGGACAAACCCUGACUCAGAAUUGAAGAAGUAUUUGCCUGUGAAUGUGACUGGACCAGCAAAUAUCCAAGUAGUGUACCCAUGCCGAUUCCAACAACAGAAGACACCGGGCCAACUUUUCAUAUCAGUGUUGGUAGCGACAUUGAGCAUGUUCUCCUCGGGAUGGGCUGUAUUCAUGGUCUUGGCUGUCUAUUUUGCGAAGCGGAAAGGUCCAUCAGGCAAGUCUGGUUUGUCGACUAUCUUACUGCCUCGUUAA